AUGGGCGAUACCUUGGAAGCUAGAAAUGGCAACUCAGGUAUGAAUAAUAAAGAAGAUAUAUUAAGCGUCAAAAAGGGUACAUGGUCUUCGCAUGAAGAUUCCAUACUCAUCAACUACAUCGCAGUUCAUGGCCAAGGCCGUUGGAAUGUUGUUGCUCGAGACUCAGGGUUGAGGCGGAAUGGCAAGAGUUGCAGAUUGAGAUGGAAAAACUACUUGCAACCAAAUGUUCGACGAGGGAAUAUUACAGUUGAGGAGCAGCUUUGCAUUAUAAAGCUCCAGUCCCUCUAUGGAAAUCGGUGGUCGAAAAUAGCUAAGUUGUUGCCCGGUCGAACUGAUAAUGAAAUCAAGAACUACUGGAGAAGUCAAGUUUUAAAGCCUGCAAAGCAGCUGAAAUACGACACAAAUAGCAUGGAGUUGAGGGAGUUCGUUCGUGACAUAUGGCUUCCAAAAUUGUCUGAAAGGAUUCAUGCCAAUAAUAAUAAUAAUAAUAAUAAU